AUGGGUGUGGAAUCAGCCUCCAUACAGGAGCGCCUAGAACGAUGGGCUCAACGCCUGCAGAGUCUCACUGUGUCUCCCCUCACCCGAGACUAUCCCGAUAACCAACAGCCGGAGCUUGCCAGGAGAGCAAUCGAAGCUUUUGAGACAACUAAGCUUUCCAACGACAUUCAAUUGGCUGUGGAGAAAGUGUCUGGUUCGCCCUCUUCCGGUUUUAUUGUCUUCCUGGCAGCAUUCGUUGUUCUCGUCGCUCGUUUAACCGGAGAUGAGGACAUUGCCAUUGGCACCAGCUCCGGAGAGGAUGGCCGUCCAUUUGUCUUGAGAGUUCCCGUUGACUCUUCGGAAACCUUCCUCCAGCUUUAUGCCAAGGUUGAGAAGGCAUUCAACGAGGCCGCUGCCGAUGUUGUGCCUCUGGGCAGCCUUCGAUCGUACAUUCAAGAAAAGUCCAACUCUGAGCGAAGCCCAAUUCUUUUCCGCUUUGCUGCCUACGAUGCCCCGGCCGCUUCUCAGGAAUACCCCGCCAACACCUUCGAAACAACCGAUUUGGUGGUCAAUGUCACACCAAGCAAUGCAUCGGGAGCGGAGCUGGGCGCAUACUAUAACCAACGACUUUUCUCCAGCGCUCGAAUUGCCACUAUUCUGAAGCAGCUUGCUAAGCUUGUUGAAAACGCUACUGCCAGACCGGAAGAAGCAAUUGGAAAGAUUGAUUUUAUGACCGAAGACCAACGAGCCCUUCUCCCCGACCCGACCUCAGAUCUGAAAUGGUCUAAAUUCCGUGGCGCUAUUCAUGAUAUCUUUGCUGAGAAUGCCGGAAAGCACCCAGAAAGCCUGUGUGUUGUGGAGACCAAGUCGGAGAACUCUCCUCACCGCGAAUUCACCUACAAGCAAAUCAAUGAAGCGUCGAAUAUCUUGGCCCAUCACCUUGUGCAAUCGGGCAUUGAACAAGGAGAAGUUGUCAUGGUCUAUGCUUACCGUGGCGUUGACCUUGUCGUUGCAGUUAUGGGUAUCUUGAAGGCCGGUGCUACUUUCUCCGUUAUCGACCCGGCAUACCCCCCGGAGAGACAGAACAUCUAUCUUGAUGUCGCCCGCCCCCGAGCUCUUGUUGUCAUUGAAAAGGCCACCAGGGAUGCUGGUGAGCUCUCGGAGACAGUUCGCACUUUUAUUCGUGACAACUUGGAGCUCCGGACAGAGGUCCCAGCACUCGCUCUCUGCGACGAUGGUGCGCUUUUGGGAGGUUCGGUCGAUGGCCAGGAUGUUCUUGCUAAGCAAUUUCCCAUGAAAGCUCAGCCCGUCGGCGUUGUCGUUGGUCCUGACUCGACCCCUACGCUCUCUUUCACUUCGGGUUCGGAAGGAAGACCUAAGGGUGUACGGGGCCGUCACUUCUCCUUGGCCUAUUACUUCCCAUGGAUGUCGGAAACCUUUAAGCUUAACCCCAAUGACCGAUUCACAAUGCUCAGUGGAAUUGCCCACGACCCCAUUCAAAGAGAUAUCUUCACGCCCCUGUUCCUGGGAGCCCGCUUGUUGGUACCGGCUCGUGAAGACAUUCAGAAUGAGAGACUCGCGGAAUGGAUGCAACAGUACGGAGCUACAGUCACCCAUCUCACACCUGCCAUGGGUCAGAUCUUGGUUGGUGGCGCUUCGGCUCAAUUCCCUACUCUUCACCAUGCUUUCUUUGUCGGCGAUAUCCUGAUCAAGAGAGACUGCCUAUCGCUUCAGGCACUCGCCCCGAACGUCAACAUCGUCAACAUGUAUGGUACAACUGAAACUCAGCGUGCCGUCAGUUAUUACGAAAUCCCCAGUUAUUCGAGCCAGGGAGGCUUCCUCGACACCAUGAAGGAUGUCAUUCCAGCUGGUCGGGGAAUGGUUGAUGUGCAGAUGCUGGUUGUUAACCGAUUCGAUCCCAGUCGCAUCUGCGCAGUUGGUGAAGUGGGUGAAAUCUACGUCCGUGCGGCCGGUCUCGCCGAAGGUUACCUCGGUUCCCCAGAGUUGAGUGAGAAGAAGUUCCUUAAGAACUGGUUUACGGACCCCCAGACUUGGGUUGAGAAGGACAACGCCCUGUCUCAAGGUGCAAAUGAGCCAUGGAGACAGUUCUACUUCGGUCCAAGAGACCGCUUAUAUCGCAGUGGAGACCUUGGCCGGUACACUCCAUCUGGAGACGUUGAAUGUUCUGGUCGUGCCGAUGAUCAAGUGAAGAUCCGUGGCUUCCGCAUCGAACUCGGAGAAAUUGAUACCCAUCUUUCUCGCCAUCCUUUGGUGCGAGAAAAUGUUACUUUGGUGCGCAGAGACAAGUUCGAAGAGCCGACCUUGGUCAGCUAUAUCGUACCUGACAUGAGCAAGUGGGCCUCAUGGUUGGAAAGCAAGAACAUUGAGGAUGACGAUUCAUUUGAGGGAAUGGUCGGCAUGCUCAGACGCUUCCGCCCUCUGCGUGAUGAUGCUCGAGAGCACUUGCGCAGCAAGCUUCCUGCUUAUGCGGUGCCAACUGUUUUUAUCCCACUUAAGCGCAUGCCCUUGAAUCCCAAUGGCAAGAUCGACAAACCUGCAUUGCCUUUCCCCGAUACUGCUGAGCUGAGUGCUGCGGCUCCUCGACGCAGGUCGUCUGCUGUCCAGGCGCUUUCCGAGACUGAACACGCUGUGGCUCAGAUCUGGGCGUCGCGUAUUCCCAAUAUUACCGCUCGCAUGAUUGGGCCCGACGACUCAUUCUUCGACUUGGGAGGACAUAGUAUCCUGGCGCAGCAAAUGUUCUUCGACCUGAGACGCAAGUGGCGCGGAAUUGACUUCAGCAUGAAUGCAAUCUUCCGCAGCCCCACUCUGCGAGGCUUUGCUGCCGAGGUUGAGCGACUGUUGAAUAAGGAAUCAUUCGCAACCAGCGAGAAUCCCGACGAUGCUGGAGCUGCUGCUGUCUCUAACGAGCCAGAUGAUGAGUACUCCAAGGAUGCCAAGAAGCUGGUGGAUACUCUGCCCAAGACGUUCCCUGAGCGCAGUGAGCCAAUGCUUUCCAGCGAGCCCACAAUCUUCCUCACAGGAGGUACUGGGUUCCUUGGUGCGCACAUUCUGCGCGAUCUUCUCACUCGCAAGUCCCCUGCUGCCAAGGUUGUGGCGCUUGUCCGUGGUAAGAGCGAAGAACAAGCACUUCAGCGCAUUCAGUCCACCUGCAAGGCUUACGGUUUCUGGGAUGAAACCUGGACCGACAGGCUCCAGUGUGUCUGCGGAAACCUGGGAGAGCCGAAGUUUGGCUUCUCUGAACAGCUGUGGGAUGAUCUCAUCAACCGCGUUGAUGCCGUUAUCCACAACGGAGCCCUGGUUCACUGGGUUUACCCCUAUUCGACCCUCAAACCAGCAAACGUUCUGGGUACCAUCGAUGCUCUGAGGCUCUGCGCCAGCGGAAAGCCUAAGCAGUUUUCUUUUGUCAGCUCCACCAGUGUCCUGGAUACCGAUCACUUUGUUGAAGAGUCCGAGCGAGUCAUCGCCGCCGGCGGUGCAGGUAUCAGUGAGGAAAACCUGCUAGAAGGUAGCAGCGUCGGUCUUGGAACUGGCUACGGUCAGAGCAAGUGGGCUGGAGAGUUCCUUGUCCGCGAAGCGGGUAGAAGAGGAUUAAAGGGAACAAUUGUUCGUCCAGGAUAUGUCCUGGGUGACUCAAAGACUGGAACUACCAACACUGAUGACUUCCUCAUUCGAAUGCUCAAGGGAUGUAUCCAGCUUUCUGCUCGUCCCAACAUCCACAACACAGUCAACAUGGUUCCUGUCGACCAUGUGGCUCGAGUGGUCAUCGCCAGUGCCUUCCAGCCCCCGUGCAAGCCUGUUGGCGUCGCCCAGGUGACUGGACACCCACGACUUCGGUUCAACCAAUUCCUCGGCGCCCUGCAGCUGUAUGGCUACGAUGUGCCCCAGGUGGACUACGUCCCGUGGGCCAAGUCCCUGGAGGAAUACGUCAAUGACGGACAGCACGACGACCCGAACUCCCAGCAUGCACUUAUGCCUCUCUACCACUUUGUGACGGCGGAUCUUCCAUCAAACACCAAGGCCCCUGAGCUGGAUGACGUCAAUGCAGCAGCCGCUCUUCGCGCCGACGCAGCAUGGUCUGGCGUUGAUGCCUCCGCUGGUGCGGGUGUUACCGAGGAGUUGGUUGGUCUGUAUGCCUCAUACUUGGUGUCUGUUGGAUUCUUACCCCAGCCGACUACGACGGGAGCUCGUCCCUUGCCGACGGCGCAGCUGAGCGAGGACCAGAAGAAGGCCUUGUUGAGUGUCGGUGGCCGUGGGGGUGCUUCCUAA